AUGCCCGAAUAUUUUUGGUUAAUAUCAACUUUUAUUUUUAUUUCGUUCGUUCAAGCCACUGAAAGAGAUAAACAAGUCGCUAUCCGUGGUAUUAGUAUUGGUGGUUGGUUAGUAACUGAACCAUACAUUACACCUUCGAUUUAUGAAAAAGCAAAUUCUCUCUUGAAUGGUGACAAUGAUAAAUUCACAAUCAUCGACGAAUAUACUCUUUGUGAGAAAUUGAGUUAUAAUGAAAGUUACCGGUUAUUGAAAACUCAUUGGGAUACUUGGAUCACAGAAGACGAUUUCCAACAAAUUAGUGCUGAUGGGUUCAACCUGGUUCGUCUACCUAUUGGGUAUUGGGGUUGGAAAGAUAAUGUCAACAAGACCAAGAACAAUUAUUUCAACAAAUAUACUUUUGAAGAUCCAUAUAUCGGCAAUGGUAUUCAAUUGCAAUAUUUGGAUCAAGCCAUUCAAUGGAGUAAGAAAUAUGGAUUAAACGUUUGGAUCGAUUUACAUGGUGUCCCCGGUUCACAAAAUGGAUUUGAUAAUUCAGGUCAAAGAAAUUUGUAUGGACCUUUGAAUUGGUUAAAAAAUCAUACCUCUAGUGAAGAUAUCACCAUUGCUAUUUGGGAAGAUUUGAUGGACAAAUAUCUUGGGAUGGAUCACAUUGUUGGUAUUGAAUUGGUCAAUGAACCAUUGAAUGGCCGUAUCAACAUCGAUGAUAUUGAAAGAGUAUACAAAAAGGGGUAUAAGAUGUACAAUCAGAAAAGAAAAAAUAACAACUCCACCAAAUUGAUCUUACAUGAUGCCUUCGAAGGUGUUGGAUAUUGGAAUGAUAAAUAUAACGAUAGUAAUAUUGUUAUUGAUCAUCAUCAUUAUGAAGUGUUCAGUGAUUGGCAAUUGAAUAAUACUCAAUGGAAUCGAUUAUUUGAUAUUAGUGAUUAUUCCAAGAGUAUUUUUGAAAAUGAAAAUUUCAACGGUAGUAAUAGUAUUAUUGGAGAAUGGUCUGCUGCCAUUACAGAUUGUUGUCAUUGGUUGAAUGGUGUGAAUAUUGGUGCUAGAUAUGAUCGUACUUAUUAUAAUGAAACUGCCAAUGGACGUUGUGAUAAUUUUGAUUUACAACUAUCAAAACAAGAAUACCGGGAUAAAGUAAGAGAAUACAUUGAAAUGCAAUUGAUGACUUACGAGACGUAUACUAUGGGGUGGAUCUUUUGGAAUUGGAAAACUGAGACUGAUGUGAGUAUGGAAUGGGAUUACAAGAGAUUGAAAGAUCAAGGCUUAUUCCCAUCACCCUUGGAUAAUUAUACAUAUUUCGUAAAGAAUAAUCAAGCAAAUAAUAUCGUGGAAUCUGAUGGUAGAGGUGAUAAUGUCACUGAUCAAUAUGCCAUUGUGAGUGAUUUAUACGCUUCAAUUUCAAGUGAACAAUUCCCCUCCACUACGAUGAAAAAAAGUAACAUGACAAGAACCAGCAUGGGAGAAACAAACACUCAUGAUGAUAAGAACAAUGCGGCCACCACUGGUGGUGAAUCAUCGAGUCAUCGUAGCAAUACUAGUAAAAACGACAGCAUAGUAAAUCAACACCGUAGUGUCUUGUCUAUGAUAGCCAUGGCAUUAUUUUCUUUACUAGGGGGUUAA